CGCCCUUUGCCAUAUAUUGGCAUUGUUUUUUAAUAGAAUAUAGAACCAGGGCAGGCAUUGGCUGAAACACCAGAAACCAGAAAUAUGAGCACCUAUCAGCAAAGCAGCGAGGGGAAGUUUAUCCCGGCCACAAAGCGUCCAGAUGGCACUUGGCGCAAGGCGCGUCGUGUGAAGGAUGGAUAUGUGCCCCAGGAGGAGGUGCCGUUGUACGAGAGCAAGGGCAAGCAGUUUGUCGCCCAAAGACAGACUGGAGUUCCGCCUGGCAUGUGCCCCAUUCUCGCGGCAGAGUCAAAGAAAGAACGCGAGAAGCAGGAGCGAACGAGAGCCAAGAAGCAGGACAAGGACAAGGAUGGAAUUGCACCAAGUGGCAGCAGUGCCGGAUCCCCGCUCAAGGUUAGCAGUCAACCCUCGAACGACAGCAAGGCCAAUGUCAAUGUGAUAUCAGACGCUCUGGCGGAUAAAUUGACGCUCAACGUGCCCGAAGAUGUCGACACGGAGAAGCAGUUGAAAAAGCUACGCAAGAAAAUCCGAGAAAUCGAGCAAAUCGAGAGCAGGAUUCAGGCCGGCGAACACAAAAAGUUGGACAAAGAUCAGCUGGACAAGGUGAAAAAGAAAGCCGAAAUCCUAAAGCAGCUAGCGGCACUGGAGAACAGCAGCGAUUCUGCACAAUCAUAGCAAAAUGUUGAACUUAACUCGCUGUAUCUGUCUCUGCCUCUGCCUUAGUCGGCAGGCAUUUCUAACGCUUACACUUAAACUUAAAGAUUACACACCAGACCUGAUGAUGUCGCGUCACUCUGCCCGGAAAGCCCAAACACACACACUCAUUUAUGCCUGUUAAAUAGUUCUACAUAUUAGUUAUAGUUUAAGAAAUGCCAUGUUAGACAUAUAUAUGUAUCGGAUAAUUGUGUAUCAUCAGAGUGCAUCUGUCUUCAAUGUUCAGUUUCAUUUCAUUUGGAUUCAAGGAAUCGCCGGGUGUAUUUGCGUAGGAAAAAAACAAAAACAAUAUUGUAAAUCAGAUUUAAUAAAUCAACAAAACUCUCUUUUAUGGAUAUGUCCGCUAA